AUGGACACCUGUUGGAUUCAAAGAGAUAUGCCAUUAUUGGAGCAGAUCUCCGAGAUUUACCUGAACUGGAAGAGAAACUAAAGAAAUGUAACAUGAAUCCACAAUUGCCAACACUCCUGGUAACUGAAUGUGUGCUGGUUUACAUGACUCCGGAGCAGUCGGCCAACCUUCUCAAGUGGGCAGCCAGCAGUUUUGACACUGCCAUGUUCAUAAACUACGAACAGGUGAACAUGGAUGACCGGUUUGGACAGAUCAUGAUCGAGAACCUGCGGAGGCGACAAUGUGACUUGGCGGGAGUGGAGACCUGCAAGUCGUUAGAGUCACAGAAAGAACGGCUCCUGUCGAAUGGGUGGGAAACGGCGUCAGCAGUCGACAUGAUGGAACUGUACAGCAAAUUGCCUCAAGCUGAAGUGAGCAGAAUAGAGUCACUUGAAUUCCUGGAUGAAAUGGAACUUCUCGAACAGCUCAUGCAGCAUUACUGCCUUUGUUGGGCAACCAAAGGAGGACAUGCACUAGGUUUGAAGGAAAUUACUUACUAAUCUGUUGGAGGCCCGUGCCGAGCCAGGAGCUGAAGCCACUGACCUUCCCAGAGUUGCUGGGCCACGUUUCCUGGGUGGUGGCCACACCUGGCCCACCAGCCUCAUCCCACACCCUGAGAAGCCUCAGCUCCUAGGGCUGUCACAUCACCUUCUGUGCCCAUUGACUUCUCUUUGAAAUAAACCUGUUGUUGCCAAUC